AUUGUCCACUAUGUCCUGGUUACCUCUGAGUCGGAUGACUCGGCAUAUUUUGUGUCUUAUACCUGUUACGCUUGCAGUCAGUGCUCUGGCAGUACAGGAACAUUUUUCUAUGGGAACGCUUCGCACGGACAACCACACCAUACUACCGCAUCCGUCAGACGUGUGGUCGCAGGAAGCGUGGAAUGGACUCACCACCUUCGCGGGUGCGCAACCGUUGCGUUGUUUUGGCGCCGAUGUCGGUGUACAGUACGAUGUUGCCGUAAUCGGUGCGCCUUUUGACACAGCUACGACUUACCGAUCUGGGACUCGCUUUGGUCCGAAUGGCAUCCGGCAAGGCGCUCGGCGUCUUGGAAUAUCGAGGAUCAACGUUCCGAUGAAGGUCCGCAUCACUGACCACCUAGAAGUGGUGGACUGCGGCGACGUUCCGAUGGUAUUUAUCGAUAAUAAAGUUGCCCUGCGCCAACUGGAAUCAGCCACCGCAGAGCUGCUCUCGAAGACAAGCCUGCGUACGUAUGAAGGCGAUAGUUUAGCAAAAGACGGCAAGUUCCACCCCAGGCUGCUGACUCUGGGUGGUGACCACACUAUAACACUAUCCUUAUUACGGGGUUUGGCGAAAGUGUAUGGACCGCUUAGCGUCGUCCAUUUCGACAGUCAUAUCGAUACUUGGAAGCCGACUCGUGCGCCGGAUAGCCCUUGGUUGCCUGAUGAGGAACUACCAGUCACGCACGACAAUUACUUCUGGCACGCGCACGAAGAAGGAUUGCUCGCGCCGAACCAUUCAAAUAUCCAUGUUGGAAUCCAUGGCGCGUUGGAUAGUUGGCAAGACUACGACGAUGACUACGAGGCGGGCUUCGUGAUUAUCCAAGCUGAAGAGAUCGAAGAUGUAGGCUACCAAGGAAUAGUCGACAAGGUUCGACAAGCCGUGGGAGAUAAUCCUGUAUACAUAUCAUUUGAUAUAGACGUGAUUGAUCUGGGCAUGGCACCUGCCACCGGAACGCCUGAGAUUGGAGGAUUCACUACUAGAGAAGUCAGGAAGAUUCUGAAAGGCCUUAGCGGUCUCAAGAUCGUAGGGGCUGACAUCGUAGAGGUUGCGCCAGGCUAUGACACACAAGCGGAGAUCACACAGAUUGCUGCAGGCAACAUCGGAUGGGACCUCCUCGCUCUGAUGGCGAAGACACCCCUAGUACGAGGCUGAAGCUAGAUAGCUGGGGUAGCUAUACAACACGUGUAACUCGGCUGUGUCGAUCGAGGCCGCCUUGCUCUCGUUCU